AUGCUAUCCACUCUCACUACCAAUGGCAACAAGAUAUAUACGCUUUUUGGUACCUCUAAUGAUGACUCUGCCAAUUAUAGACGAAAAGUUGAUAUAAUUAAUGAUUUUGAAUUUCCAAAAUCAUGCGAAAAUAUCACAGUUUCAUCUGAUGGUCAAUACAUUCUAGCUUCCGGGACUUAUCCUCCACAAAUAGCCAUUUUUGAUACAUUAGAACUAACACUGAAACAUCGGAGAGGAAUCGAUUACCACGUCAUUAGAUCGCAAUUCCUAACCUCGGACUAUAGAAAGUUGGUUAUGCUAUGCGACAACAGAUACAUUGAAAUUCAUAAUCAGGGAGGGCGCUAUUAUUCAUUUAGAGUCCCUAAACAAGCUAGGGAUAUGGCUUAUCUCGGUGCCAAUGCCAAUCUAUAUCUGGUUGGAUCUGCUAAUGAUAUUUACAGGAUGGACUUAAGCCUUGGAAAAUUCAAUAUACCAUUGGAAUCCAGUGCAGAUGAGAUCAACAGUAUCAGCAUAAACAAAUCAAUUCCCAUAUUCACCAUAGCUGGUAACGACGGAAUCCUCGAGACUUGGGAUCAUAGAAGCGAUGUAGUCGUUUCCAAGUUGAAUUUCGCCAUUGAUAAUGACAUUUUAUGUUGUAAAUAUUCUGACAAUGGUAUGAAAUUAGCCGUGGGAGAUAGUGUUGGUACAAUUCGUGUCUAUGAUAUAAGAAGCCAAAAUCCUUUAUGGGAGAGGAGCGAUAUAAACAAAUUCCCAAUCAAUAAUAUACAGUGGUUAGGGUCUCACGAUGAUAUGGACAAACACCUUGCUUGGUCUAGCCGUAAGAAUAUAAAAAUAUCAAACGCUGAAAACUCUGCAAGCGUUGCUACAAUUGAGUCAAGUUACGUUAUUGCUAAUCCCUCAAAAAAAACGUCAACUACAAUCCCGCAGAUUUCAUCAUUUACAUUUUACCCUAACAGUGGUUUAUGUUUUAUUGCUAGUGACCAAUCAAAAAUAGCGAGUUUUUAUAUACCUUCCAUUGGCACUUCACCCAAGUGGUGUUCCUUCCUGGAAAAUGUUACUGAAGAAUUGUCUUUGCCAGUAACCGAGGAUACUGCUAAAUCGGGUAAAAUUGUGACAAUCGGUAAUUCUAUGUUCAUUACCGAACAGCAAUUGGAGCUGUGGUCUGCAAAGGAACUUCUGGGGACAAAUAUGGUCAAACCAUACCUACAUGGUUACUUAAUUGACAAACCCCUAUAUAAAAAAAUUAAGGAUGCUUUUGAUGAGUUUAGCUAUGAUGAGUACAAGAGGAAGAAAGCAAGUGAAAGGCUUGAGGAAAAGAUUAAAAAAUCAAUGCGUAUUCCUAUUUGUAAUAAGAAGGUUAAAGUCAACGAGGAUUAUGCUAGGCAAUUAUUGGAAACUUCAGCUGCUGCCACUAAUAGUACUAGCAUCGGCACUAGUGCCAAACAAAUUAAGAAGGUCAAAGAAGCGGCUUUAAGGGCAAAGCAGGUGCUAGAGGAUGACAGGUUUUCAAGAUUAUUUACGGAUGAAGACUUUUUGAUCAAUCCAAACGAAGUUCAGCACGGUAAAUAG